CCAUCUCAUUGUAUCUACGAAGAAUUUGUUCCCGUCAAUUGUAAACUGUUACGGUUAAAAUAAGUAAUUAAGCUACAAACAAGUUAUUUAAUGAAAUUCACGUUUCUACUGUAGAGUCAUUUUUUAAUUAUAUACCUAUUUCUCAAAAUGAACAUAACUUCUGCUGCAGGGAUCAUAUCUUUGCUGGAGGAACCCAUACCAGAAUUGAAAGUCUUUGCACUUCAAAAAUUAGAUAAGGUAGUUGAUGAGUUCUGGCCUGAAAUCUCCGAAGCAAUUGAAAAAAUCGAAAUACUUCAUGAAGAUAGAAAUUUCAACUAUCACGAACUUGCAGCUUUAGUCGCUAGUAAAGUUUACUAUCACCUUGGAAGUUUUGAAGACUCUCUAACCUAUGCAUUAGGAGCUGGUGAAUUAUUUGAUGUUAACUCGCGCAAUGAAUACGUUGAUACAAUAAUCGCGAAGUGCAUUGAUUAUUAUACUCAACAACGAUUGGAGACCGAAACAAAGAUAUCCUCGUUUGUCAAGAGAAUUGAUGUUAGAUUGGAAAAAAUUGUAAAUCGAAUGUUUCAAAGAUGUUUAGACGAUAACCAGUAUCGUCAAGCACUAGGACUUGCCCUUGAAACUAGAAGAAUGGAUAUUUUUGAGUCUGCUAUUAUGCAAUCCUUCUUGUAA